UAAACAACUAGUAGAUACAUGGAAUUGGGUUGUCCCGAGUGUUCUGUGUUCAACCGUACCCUUCUCAUAAUUGGUAGACUACUCUUGGUUGUUCACACAUCACACUCCAGCUACGUACGAACCUAGUCCACUUGUUGUCUCAAAUACCGAAACUCUGCAGCUCUGGAAUUUCAAAGGAUCGGAAGACAGAAACAGAUUAUGGCGAAGAUUGCAGCACUACCAAUAGUGGGGAUGGUCUUAGCUGAGUGUGCCCAAGCUGGGUUAAUGAUAGUAAGCAAAGCAGCCAUGUCUACUGAAACAUUGAAGCAGUUUAAACAGAGAAUUGAUGGCAGCAAGUGUCACCAAGUUGAUUCCUUUCUUUGUUUUUGUGCUCUUGGCAGAUCAACAGAGCGGCCUCCGAUCACUUUCUCUAUUCUCUGUUGGUUCUUCUUGCUUGGUCUACUUGGGUGUAUAGCUCAGUUGAUCGGGUAUGCUGGGAUUAAUUACAGCUCUCCUACUCUUGGCACGGCUAUGCUCAACCUUAUUCCAGCUUUCACUUUUGUACUUGCAGUUAUAUUCAGAAUGGAAAAAAUUGAUGGGAGAAGCUGCAGUACCCUAGCUAAAACCUUGGGAACAAUAGUUUCAAUAUCAGGGGCUUUCAUUGUGACUCUUUACAAGGGACCCCCACUUCUGAUGACAGCCUCAGUUGAUUUAUUGUCUCACAAUCAACUUUUCUUGCCACAGUCGAAUUGGGUCAUUGGAGGAAUGCUCCUUGGGUUUCAUUGUGUGGUGGCUGCAGCAUUUCUUAUCAUACAGGCAUCAGUAUUAAAAAAAUACCCAGCAGAGCUCAUUAUAGUCUUUUACUAUUGCUUCUUUGUGGCGAUUCAAUCUGUAGUGGUGUUGUGGUUUGUGGAAAGAGACUUAAGUGCUUGGGCCUUAAACCCUAAGUUAAGGUUGUUUGCGGUUCUAUACUCAGGAGUUUUUGGCUCAGCGUUCCAGGUUGGUGUAUCUACAUGGUGUCUUAACAGGACAGGGCCAGUUUUUGUAUCUAUGUUCAAGCCUUUAGGGAUUGUAGUUGCAGUUGCCAUUGGUGUUAUCUUCUUGGGGGAUACUUUCUACCUUGGAAGUUUGAUAGGAGCAAUUGUAAUUGUCACUGGAUUUUACUCUGUGAUAUGGGGCAAAGCCAAUGAGGAGAAGAUGGAUGAUGAUGCAGGGGCAAGGAGUUUGGCAUCAAAGAAACAACGGAUUCCAUUACUGCAAAACAUUAUUGAAGAAAUCUAGAAGUUUUAACAGCAUAUACUUCGUAAGGUCUCUCCUGCCAAACAAAUGGCAGUCGAGUCAUGCAUAGGCGUAAUAUGGAUAUUUAUGAACAUGGGGAGCAUUAUCAAGAUCAAAGAUAUCAGCAUGAGUUUCCACUUUCCAGGGUCAAACAUCAAAGCUGUCUUGAGAGCAACAGUUAUGUGGAAAGCAGCUCUGGUUUGGAAGUGAAACCUACUCUUGCUCUUCGGGUUCAGAAUCUAGAUGCAUGAUCUCCUUCUUCAUAGUUGUAAUCACAAGUGAAUUAAUACUUAAUAGUAAACUAGUAAGGCUUAAGAGUAGGGAAGGAUUGCAAGUUCUUGAAGAACAUAUUUUUCCUCUAUGUACAAUUGUAACGUAUAUAUGUUGACUUGUGCUGUUGAAUCAAUUGAAAUAUGUCACUAUAUUGCUUUUGA